UCGUUGUAAAGCUUUACAAUCAAAAGAUCACGGAUCUUAUAAAAUGAAAGCGUUCUCAAUCUAGAUUGUUUAGACUGGUGAAACUCUACGAAUCUAUCACUGGUUUAGUGGAGACAUCACUGGAGUUCGCAGUUGAAUAUCGGUAAAAAAUGACUUCGUCUAGUAGCCGCAAAAGUUCUUUGUUGAUGUAUAAAAUCAUUGCUUUGGCUGCAUUAAUUGGCGUCACAACCGUUGAAGCAGAACUUGAACUAGUGAACGUGCUGUUUAGACAUGGUGACAGAACACCGGAUGAUAGCACUAAUGAAAUGUAUCCAAACGAUCCUUAUCUGAAUGAUGAUUUUUAUCCAAUGGGUCGAGGUCAGCUAACUAAUGCAGGUAAACAGCGCGAAUACACGUUGGGACUAUUUUUAAGAGAUAGAUAUGAAACGUUUUUGGGUGACACGUACAAGGUAAAGUCCGUCUCAGCCCUUAGUUCAGACUAUGACAGAACGAAAAUGUCUUUGCAAUUGGUUCUGGCAGGGCUUUUCCCACCAAGCAAAUUACAGCAAUGGCACCAGGAGCUAAAUUGGCAACCGAUUCCUGCAAACUAUUUACGGCGAUACGAAGACAAUGUCUUUCUUCCAGAAGACUGCCUUUUAUUUGAGGUUGAAUACAAUAGAGUAUUGAAGUCGCCUCAAGGUAAACACGAACUCUCUAAGUAUAAUGAGUUAAUGAAACAAUUAACAGAGUGGACAGGAAAAAGCAUAUCUACACCUUGGGAUUUGUAUUACCUCUACCACACAUUGAUGGCUGAAUAUUCUCUCGGCCUUACUUUGCCAGUUUGGGCAAACAAAGUGUUUCCAAAAGGAGAAUUAUGGAAUGCAACUGUAUUUUCAUAUAAUAUUGCCAACUCCACACCUUUACUUAAGAGACUUUAUGGAGGACCGUUUCUUCGAAUUAUCACAAGGCACAUGUUAGAUAUGGUAACUGGGGUAAAGACGGGUGAGGAAAAAUUGCGUUUGUUCAGUGGACAUGAAAGUAACGUCGCUGCCGUUUUACAUGCUCUUGAUGUUUAUUAUCCUCACGUUCCUGAAUAUUCAAGUGCUGUGAUAUUAGAACUCCAUCAGAUCGAAAACAUCUACUACAUAAAGGUACUUAACUAUUUGGGCAUUCCGUCCCAAGUAAUAGAACUUCAAAUACCUGGUUGCGAAAUACUUUGUCCUUUGGACAAGUAUCUACAUUUGAUAGAGGAAGUAAUACCGUCGAACGAAGAACUAAUUUGUGAUAAGGGGCUAACGGAGGAGAAUGUCGACAAGAAAUCAAUCGAGGAACUGGAAUUAAUGAAGUACAAUCUAAUAAGAACUGCUGGACUCAUUAAAGCUAAGUAAACAAAGCAGGGAAAUUUAAUUAUUAAAUCUUAAUUACAUUUCUGUAAAACCAAAGGAAACUUCAGAGUAAUGAUGAAGUAUGUAAAUACAACGAACCAUAGAUUGGUUAAAAGUUUUACA